ACCAUGGCGGCGGCGUUUGCGCUGGAGCGGCGAGACGAUCUUCUUGUACAUUUUUUUCCUUGCCGCAUGUAUCAUUUAGCGGAUUGGUAUAUAUUUUCAUUCGAGUUCAGCAUGUUUACCGAAGAUGGUGUUAUGGAUAUCUGUCUGUCUUUGGUCUGAAGUGCCUGUCUGGUUCUCUGGGGUUUUGCUCCGGCAAUUCUGGCCGCUGAGAUGGGCUGGAUUAUUGGAGAAGCCCCCCCCCCUGUUCAUGGAGCUGUCACCCCACCUCGAGCCCGGGAGUUACUCCAAAUCCACUUCCAGCUGCCAUUUGACGUCGCUGCUUGCUCCUAACAUGACAUGGAAGUCCAGAGUGCAACAACUGGCAUCCCUCGGAAUUCACUACUCCACUGACAUCUGAAAAUCAUCGCCGUCGGGUUUCUUAAAAACCACCCUUUCUUCCCAUUGCAUUCCAUAUUUAUUCAACCUGAAGUCAAAAGAUACUCA